AUGGCUCUCCGUCUCGUUCUCUUCUCCGUCAUCUUAGCUCUCGCUUCAAAUGUCGGUGCUCAGGCUGAUCACAACAGCUUCCCGCUCAUGGCAGAGGCUCUGGAGUGGCCUAAGACGACGUCGCUUUCGGUUCCCGAUUCGAUAGACGGCCAGGAGGAUGUAGAUCUCAACGGCGGCGACGUCGGAGUUGAGCGGAGGUCGUUGUAUUGGCAACAUGCGGAGCAUUACGGACAUUACUACAUCUCGUACGGAGCGCUAUCGGCAAACCGAAUUCCAUGCCCGCCUGGCUCAGGGAGAUCUUAUGAAAACUUCUGA